AUGUCUACCCCAGCUAGGGCUAGGGACAAUGUAUUCUCAAGACGCGAGAUCGAGGGCAUGCUCGCUGAAGGCAAGUUGAUUAUCAUUGUCGACGGCAAUGUCCUCAGAUUGGAUGCUUGGAUCAGAUAUCAUCCCGGAGGUGAUAUGGCUAUCAAGCAUAUGAUUGGAAAAGAUGCCACAGAUGAAGUCAAUGCACUCCAUUCACAAGAAGCCCGUGACCGCAUGAGCAAAUUCCAAAUUGGCCGGAUCGAAGGCUACUGGGCCAACUUCCUCCCUCCCAUCCAAGGUGGCAAAUUCCGCCCAUUGAUCGAAAAUGAGAUCGACGAAGAUCUAGUGAGCUCAGAAUUAUCCAGCGAGGAGAUUUCAGCACCGCCAUCGCCCAUCUUCGAAGCCGAAGAUGAAAGAUUGGGCCUCAGACGCAGACUAUCAGUAUCAACCAUUUCCUCGGCAGUCAGUGCGGUCCCUCCACCAACAGAAGACAAACCACGAGCCUACGUGAUUGAUGCUCGAACGCAAGAGGAGAUUGAGAUGGACUCGGCCAACUACCCUCCUCUCGACGCAGAACACCAAGAUUACGUUGUACAGAGAUAUCGGGAGCUACACCAGCGCAUCCGUGCAGCAGGCCUGUUCAAGUGCAACUACACAGCCUACGCUAUCGAGAUCAGUCGUUACACCCUCUUCUUUGGACUAUUCCUCUUCUUCCUCCAGCGUUCCUGGUUCUGCCUAUCGGCCUUCUUCCUCGGCUGUUUCUGGCACCAACUCGUCUUCUCCGCUCAUGAUGCCGGCCACAUGGGUAUCACGCAUAACUAUCAGAUUGACACCACCAUCGGCAUGAUCAUCGCCGACUACCUGGGCGGCCUAAGCCUUGGCUGGUGGAAGCGCAGCCACAACGUGCACCACAUCGUAACUAACGCCCCCGAGCAUGACCCCGACAUCGAACUGAUGCCCUUCUUCGCGCUAUCGCACCGCUUCUUCACCUCGCUCUACAGCACCUACUAUGACCGCAUCAUGACAUACGACGCCGUGUCCCAGUUCACCGUCAAAUACCAGCACUAUCUGUACUACCCCAUCCUCCUCUUCGGCCGCUUCAACCUCUACUUCCUUAGCUGGGAGCACAUCAUCGUCGGACGCGGACCGAAACACGGCGCCGGUUGGUGGCACCGCUGGUUCGAGUUUGCUGGCCACAUCUUCUUCUGGGCUUGGUUCGGCUACGGCGUGGUCUGGUGUAGCAUUCCGACUUGGUUUGACCGUGUCGUCUUUGUUCUAAUUUCGCAUAUGGUGACUUCGCCGCUGCAUGUGCAGAUUACGCUGUCGCACUACGCUAUGUCCACUGCUGAUCUCGGCCCGCUGGAAUCUUUCCCCCAGAAGAUGCUCCGCACUACCAUGGACGUCGACUGCCCGCCUUGGUUGGACUUUUUCCAUGGUGGUCUCCAGUUCCAGGCUAUCCACCACCUGUACCCUCGUAUCCCGCGACACAAUCUGCGCAAGACGCAGCAGUUUGUUCGGGAGUUCUGUGAGGAUGUGAAGAUUCCGUAUGCGGUCUUUACCUUCUACAGCGGUAAUAAGGAGGUUAUUGGUCGUCUUGCCCACGUUUCCAGACAGGCGAGACUCUUGGAGGAGUGUCGCAAGGCUUGUGCGGCGGAUCCCCAUAUGCAUUGA